AUGCAUCUAAGCCGAUGGGUUAGUGUGGCGUGGCCCGGAUUGCCUCAAUUGUGGCUGCGAGGCGAUCCUGUGGCGUUGGUUCUUGCGGUGGCAUUCGCCGUCCUUCUGAACUUGGCCCUGGUCACCUCGUUGGUGUGGACAGAACUGCUGGAUCCGUUUCAGCGGAAUGUCCUCUGGGCGGUGGUGGGGCUUGUCUGGACAAUCUCGGCGGUAGUUUCCCUACGAUGGUGGCAAUCACGCGAGUCGCCACAACCGGAUGCCGCGGAGGACUUGUUUCGCCACAGUUUAAAUCAAUACUUACAGGGGAAUUGGCUCGAAACCGAGCGGAUGCUGCGACGACUGCUGCGGCGCAAUGGCCACGACGUCGACGCGCGACUGCUGCUGGUCGGGGUGAUGCGACGUACCAAGCGGUUUGACGAAGCCCACCGGCAGCUCGAUCGCCUGGUGGCUUCCGAAGGCUCGGAUAAGUGGCACACCGAGAUUGACCGCGAGUAUGAGUUGCUCGAGCGAGCCGAAGACAGCGCAUUGGAAACCAGCGAAUUAGAUAACGGCAACUCUGAAGUAGAUGAACCGCGACAACUGUCAAGCCCGCAGGGCGACAUCGCGGAUGACGCCGCAGACGGAGAAACCGCCAUGUAUGAACGCUUCACAGACCGCGCACGCAAAGUCAUGCAAUUGGCUAAUCAGGAAGCGCAGCGCUUUAACCACGAGUACAUCGGUACCGAGCACAUCCUGCUUGGUCUGAUCAAAGAAGGUUCUGGUGUUGCCGCCAAUGUGCUGAAGAAUCUCGACGUCGAUCUGCGAAAGAUCCGACUUGAAGUCGAGAAGCUGGUGCAAAGUGGUCCUGAUAUGGUCACCAUGGGCAAACUGCCCCAGACCCCACGAGCCAAGAAGGUCAUCGAGUACUCGAUGGAAGAGGCUCGCAACUUGAGCCACAACUAUGUGGGCACCGAGCACAUUCUGCUGGGCUUGCUGCGAGAGCAAGAAGGCGUUGCCGCCCAGGUGCUGAUGAACCUCGGCCUGAAGUUGGAAGAAGUCCGCGACGAAGUGCUCAACCUGUUGGGUCACGACAUCGGAUCGGAAUCGAGCGAACGCAACCCCGGCGGUGGCGGUGGUUCUUCGGAAUCGUCCAGCCGCAGUGGUCGUUCGAAGACGCCGGCGUUGGACAGCUUUGGUCGCGAUCUGACCGAACUAGCCAAGCAAGGCAAGCUCGACCCGGUGAUCGGUCGCGAGAAAGAAAUCGAACGAGCCAUUCAGAUUCUCUGCCGUCGCACGAAGAACAACCCCGUGCUGCUCGGCGAAGCGGGCGUUGGUAAAACGGCCAUCGUCGAAGGGUUCGCCCAACGCGUGGUUGAUGGCGAUGUGCCCGAGUUGCUGGCCGAGCGACGUAUCGUCGUGCUCGACCUGGCGAUGAUGGUCGCUGGUACCAAGUACCGCGGUCAGUUCGAAGAACGUAUCAAGGCCGUGAUGAACGAAGUGCGUCGUGCGAAGAACACGAUUCUGUUCAUCGACGAAUUGCACACCCUGGUCGGUGCCGGUGGUGCCGAGGGUGCCAUCGACGCUUCGAACGUGCUGAAGCCCGCGUUGGCCCGCGGCGAAAUCCAGUGCAUCGGGGCCACAACGCUGGACGAGUAUCGCAAGUACAUCGAGAAGGACAGCGCCCUGGAUCGUCGAUUCCAGCUCAUCAUUGUCGAGCCCGCGACGAAGUCGGAAGCGAUCGAAAUUCUCAAAGGUCUCCGCGACCGUUACGAGACUCAUCACCGCGUGCAAAUCACCGACGAUGCGAUUUCGGCCGCGGUCGAACUUUCGAGCCGGUACAUCACCGGACGUUGCCUGCCCGAUAAGGCGAUCGACGUGAUCGACGAGGCGGGAGCCCGAGUCCGGUUGCGUACGAUGACUCGUCCGCCGGAUUUGAAAGAGAUCGACGAAGAGGUCGAACGGCUGAACAAAGAGAAGGAAGAGGCCGUUGCCGAUCAAGACUUUGAGAAGGCUGCCUCGCUGAGGGAUUCGGCCGACAAGCUGAAGAAGAAAAAGCAGCAGAUCACCCGCGAGUGGCGUGACAAGUCGCGCGAAGCCGAUGGCGUGGUCGACGAAGAAGUCAUCGCCGAGGUGAUCUCGAAGAUGACCGGCAUCCCGCUCACGCGGAUGACGACCGAAGAUUCGCUGCGUUUGAUGGAGAUGGAAAAAGAUCUCCACAAACGGGUUGUCAGCCAGGACGAGGCCGUGAAAUCGAUCGCCAAGGCCGUGCGGCGUAGCCGUAGCGGUUUGAAAGAUCCGAAGCGGCCCACAGGGUGCUUUAUCUUCGCCGGUCCGACUGGUGUGGGUAAAACGCUGCUGGCAAAGGCCCUGGCCGAAUUCAUGUUCGGUGACGACGACGCGCUGAUCCAAAUCGACAUGAGCGAGUACAUGGAGAAGCACAACGUCAGCCGUUUGAUUGGUGCGCCUCCAGGCUAUGUCGGCUUCGAAGAAGGCGGUCAGUUGACCGAGAAGAUUCGACGUCGCCCGUACGCCGUGGUGUUGCUCGACGAAAUCGAGAAGGCCCACUCCGACGUGUUCAACAUGUUGUUGCAGGUGAUGGAAGAAGGACGACUGACCGACAGCUUCGGUCGCAACGUCGACUUCCGCAACGCAAUCCUCAUCAUGACAACGAACGCCGGUGCCGAGGCCAUCAAGAACGAAUCGGCCUUCGGGUUCCAAAAGCCCGAUGACGAUGCGUCGUACGACAACAUGAAGGAACGCGUGCACGAGCAGAUCGAAAAGGUGUUCCGACCCGAGUUCCUCAACCGUGUCGACGACGUGAUUAUCUUCCGUCACCUCACGGUCGAGAACCUGAAGUCGGUCGUCCACAUCGAACUGUCGAAGGUUCGCGAACGCCUCCAAGAGCGUGGCUUGAAUCUGAUCCUGACCGAGGGAGCCACCCAGUUCCUGGUGAAGAAGGGUUCGAACACCGAUUUCGGUGCCCGCCCGUUGCGACGUGCCAUUGAGAACUACGUCGAAGAUCCGCUCUCCGAAGAGCUGCUCAAGGGCGAGUUCCAAGGCAUGGACACCAUUACCGUCGACGUACGCGAAGUGGGCGGUAAGAAGCAACUGAAGUUUGACGGUUCGACCGCACAUCCAGAGGAACCUCUGGCCGGUGCAACCGUUGGCGAGGAAGGCGAGUCGUCCGACAAGGAUUCUUCGAACGACGACGAAUCGUAA